AUGGCCCGAGUGGCGCAGUCCCAGGGGCGGCGUCGAGCCCUCAUUCUCGCCGACCGGCACCUGCCCCUGGCCGGGCUCGAGCACGUCCUCCUGUGGCCGCUGGUCGGGCACCACCGCACUCGCUCUUCCGAUGCCCGGCCACGGCACCGGCCGACCGAGACUGGCCCGACCACGCCGGAGGCACGGUACCCGGUGAAACGUGCCGCCCCACCGAGCACGACAGACUGGGACAUGUGGGAGUGCACGGGCAUCAUGUCGUCCGGAGACUAUUCUCCCUGCGGCUCGAAGAUCCUGACCUCGGAUCUGGCCAAUGGUCUGCCAAACGAGACAUCCAGCUGA